AUGAUAGAUAAUAUAAAAUCUACAACUGUGUUCAAAGGAGGACAACGCCAAACAAAACCGGUACGUCGUAUUAUUCGCAAAUUUUCAAAUGAUUGGUCGAUGGAUUUUUCUGCAAUAUUAGCAUAUAAUAUAUUAAUUACUCUUCUUCCAAUAGCUGUUGCAUUAUUUGGAAUAAUGGAUAAAGUUAUUCAUUUCUUUCCAGCUGAUAAUACAACACAAUCUGGAAUUAAACAAGUAGUAGAUCUUGCUUUUGAUCGUUUAUCGAAAGAUGCCGGUUUCAUAUUAGGUAUUGGUAUUUUUUUUGCAUUAUUUGGUGCAUCUCGAUUAUUUAUUGCUAUUGAUAAAUGUAUGACUAUUGUUUAUCGUUUACCUCAACGAACAUUUCUUCGACAAAAUUUAUUAGCUUUUGGAAUGCUUUUUCUAUUUAUAAUAAUUAUUCCAAUAAUGCUUGCAGCUAGUUCAGCACCAACAGCUUUAAUAAGUAUUAUUCCAGGUGGUAGUGGUCGUUUUGGAACAUUUCUUGCUGGAAUGAUUUUUUCAUUAUUUUUCGGAUUUAUUUUCUUUGAAAGUAUUUAUUUGUUUGUACCAAAUAAAAAAAUGUCAUUUAAAGUUACAUGGUGUGGAGCAUUAGUUGUUGCUGGUACACUUGAAAUAUUUAUUAUUUUUUUUCCAUUAUAUGACAAAUUGGUUUUGCCGUUAUUCUUUUUUUAUUUUGCUACAAUUCUUAUUUUGGGUGCUCAAAUAAAUGCUUUCUUUUUUGAACAUUAUAAACCAUUAAUUGAUGGAUUGGGUAUAUAUAUAAGUCGAAUGCAUCAAGAACAUGGUGUUGGAGAACCAACAAGACCUUUGUGUGAAAAUGAAACUGAUAUAGAACAGCAUCAAUCGGACAUAACAACAACUGAUCAAUCAUUAAGUGGGAAAAGAUGGUUAAAGAAAUUAUGGCCAUCAAGAAUUACUUCAUCAGCAGGACACGGUGGAGAUGGAGAACUAUAA